AUGGCGGAGGGGAUUGCAUUCGACUUGGUGAAGGGAGUGCUCGGCAAGCUGGGCUCCACUCUAUGGGACAAAAUCGGGCUGCUGCGGAGCUUCAAGGACGACGCGGACGAUCUCAGAAGCAAUUUCUCGGCGAUCCAAGCGGUGCUUCUCGACGCUGAGGAGAGAAGCAAUGCUGAGAAGGAGAGCCACGCGCUGCGCGACUGGCUGCGCAAACUGAAGGACGCCGCGUACGACGCCGACGACCUGCUGGACGAGAUCCAGAUGCAAACGGUCCUCCGGCAACAGCGGCAUGAGGUGCAGAAUCAAAACCAGCUUGCUGAAAAGGUACGUGAAUUCCUCUCCCGCGCUAAUCCGAUACAUUUGAAGUUCAAGCACGCGAUGGCACGUAGGAUGAAAGCGCUCAGAGAAAAGAUCGAUAAGAUUGCGAAACAGAGGCAUGAUUUUGGCCUUGUCGGAGCUGGCCCGCCCCGACCGGCUGAGUUCCAGCGCCCUGAGACAUUCUCGGUCGUCGAUGAAAAGGAAAUAGUCGGGAGAGAUGGUGAUAAAGAGGAAAUUGUGAAGCUUCUGCUGGAGAGUAACGGCGAUCACAAUGUGUCAGUCAUUCCGAUCGUGGGUAUGGGGGGUUUGGGGAAGACGACGCUCGCUCAGCUGGCCUUCAACGACGGGCGGGUUACGGCCCAGCAGCGCUUUGAUCUACGGGUGUGGGUCUGCGUGUCUACUGAUUUCCGCAUGAAGAAGAUUGCAAAGCCGGUGAUAUCUGCAGCCGGAGAGAAGUGUGAUGAUCUUGAUAACGCGGAUGCCGUCGCGAGUUGCCUUGUCAGGAUUUUUAGUCAGAGGAGAUUUUUGCUGGUGCUGGAUGAUGUAUGGAAUGAAGAUCAGGACAAGUGGGAGAAAUUUAAGGUUUUAUUUAAGGACGGCAAGAAGGGAAGCAAAAUCUUAGCAACCACACGAAGUGAGAAGGUCUCCGAGAUAAUGAAGACAACCGAACAACCACACCGCCUGAAAGGCUUAUCAGAUGCUGAUUGUUGGACAUUGUUCGAAAGACGGGCAUUCAAGGAAGGGGAAGAGAACGUCUAUCCGAGUUUGGUCAAAAUCGGAAAGCAGAUAGUUAAGAAGUGCGGCGGCGUGCCGUUAGCAGCUAAUGCUUUAGGAAGUAUGAUGCGCUUUAAGAUCAGGACGGAGGAUGCAUGGUCCGCUAUUAGAGACAGCGAAAUAUGGAGGUUGGAACAAGAAGGAACUAUUUUACCAUCAUUGAAAUUGAGCUACAUUCAGAUGCCGUCGGCUUUGAAGCAGUGCUUUGCUUACUGCUCCAUAUACCCCAAGGACUAUGAGAUUGACAAGAAUGACUUGAUCCAGCAAUGGAUUGCUUUAGGCUUCAUUUCAUCGCAGGAAACAAGGACUUCGAUGGAAGAUAUUGGGAAUGAGUACUUUAACGAUCUAUUAUGGAUGUCUUUCCUUCAAAAAGUGGAGGAGGACGACGAGCAAUGUAACGGAGAGGCUACCACCUGCCGGAUGCAUGAUUUAGUGCACGACCUCGCACAAUCUGUAGCAAGAGAAGAAGUUGCUGUUAUAGCUGGAGAAGAGUCAACAGAGAUCCCGGAAGGUUGCCGCUAUGCAUCGAUAUACGGUCGUUUCAUUUCACGGAUUCCAACCACAGUUCUGCGGAGGUUGCGAGCUCUCCAAUUUGGGGAAUCUGCUUCACUAAUAAUGACUUUUUAUAGCGAGGCAAAAUGCUUACGCCUGUUGGAUUUACAUGAUUCCGAAAUUUCUAUGCUGCCAAGCUCAAUCGGUAAGUUGAAGCUCUUAAGAUACCUCAACCUUUCGUCGACCAAUAUACAAGAACUGCCCAAACCAAUUGCCAACCUUUGCAACUUGCAAACCUUGAAUCUUUCGGGCUGCGAUGAGAUCCGUACAUUACCCAAAUCUCUAGAAAGGCUUGUGAAUUUGCGGAUUUUAGAUUUAAGUGGGUGUCGAUCUCUGACAAUACCUGACUCAAUUAGCAACCUUCAGAGUUUGUACACACUAAAUUUAAGUUCGUGCAAAAAAGCGAUAUCACUUGAACCUGUAAGUCACCUCAAAAACCUCCGUUACCUUGACCUAUCGGAUCUAGAUUUUUUGGUGACAUUACCUGAAUCCAUUGGGAGUCUUCAAAGCUUGCGUAUUCUGAACCUCUCUCACUGCAUUUCUCUACUAUCAUUGCCCUCAUCGGCAAGUGAUCUCCAGAAUUUAGAGAAACUAGACAUUAGUGGCUGCCGAAAAUUAUGUGAGCUGCCUAAAAUGAUCCAAAAGCUGACCAAACUCAGAGCAUUGUUAAACUACAAUUGCUUGAAAUUGAAGGGCAUGCCCCGAGGGAUCGGCAAGUUAGUUAGCUUGCAGAGAUUGCCCCUUUUUGUCGUCGGCAAGCAAGACCGUGUCGAACAUUGUGCUGGCAUUUCUGAGCUAGAGCACCUGAAGCUUGUCGGCGAGCUGGAGAUCAAGGGUCUCGAAAAUGUAACGAGUCCGGCCGACGCCAAGGCGGCAAAUUUGGUGGAGAAGAAACUGCAGAAUUUGAAGUUGGAAUGGAAUGAUGUAAGUGGAAACGACGACAUGGAGGAGAUGGAUGCCGUGCUAGAAAAUCUUCAACCACAUCAAAAUUUAGUGAAUUUGGUAAUAGAAGGCUAUGCAGGCGGGAAGUUUCCCAGCUGGAUGAUGAAUAGGAUUGACUCGUGCCUCCCAAAUCUCGUCGAAAUCGAACUUGUAUAUAUGCCCAGGUGCAGCUCACUCCCGCCGCUGGGGCAACUCCCUUUUCUCGAAGUGCUAACUGUACAGUACAUGCCCGCGAUCACAAAUUUGGGCGCAGAAUUUUAUGGAGAUGACCAUACAAAUAUGUUCCCUGCGCUGAUGACGCUUGACUUGUCCUACACGCCGGUGCUGCAAGAAUGGGUGACGAUGCUGACGGUGGAUGACGAAGAAGGCAGGCGAGAGCGAGUUCCCAUUUUUCCGUAUCUCGACGAAUUGUCGCUUAAAGAAUGUCCUGAAUUGAGGCCCGAGCCUUGCCUCCCGGCAUCGGUCGAGGAUCUGACCAUUUCCGAAACAAGCAGCGAGAACCUAUCAUUAAUUCUCGAGCGCGCGACCCCGGUUGACGGCCGGCCGCCGCCAAAUAGGGGGCUGCGGGAUCUAACAAUAGAAGAAUGUCAGCAGCUAACUUGUUUGCCCGAGAGCUUGCGGGGGCUCACUGCCCUCCACAGCCUGAGAAUUUGGGAUUGCGAAGAUCUUGAGAGAAUUGAAGAUUGGCUCGGGGAGCUCCCCGGCCUGCAGUGCUUGGAGAUCAGUGGCUGCAGCAGUCUCCGUUACUUGCCUGCCCAUAAGAUGACCACGCUGACGGAGUUAUCUAUUCAUGAUUGCCCGCUGUUGUUCGAUGCAGGCGGACAAUUUGUCGACACCAGCGUCGAUCACAUCGAAGAAGUCUGUGUUAAUGGAAGGGAAUACCCAUACGAGGAACAAGUGAGCAACUCGCCACAGAAGGAGAAAAAGAGUUGGACAAGUUGUUGGAGAAAAUCGAAUUAGUUGGGGAGAAGAACCUGAGCGUAUGUACUUAUUAUUUGGAGGUUGAUGCUGUUUAGCUUGCCGGACAAGAAUUAUUUUGUACAGUUGUCGGUUGAUAUAUAUUUAUGUUUUCGUGAUAUAAGUUAAGUUUUUGAAUGUACUAUUUUAUAAUUUGGUUUGAUUAUUUGUAAUUUUAUGGUGUUCUCUAUGCAUGUU